AUGGCAACGGGGAACCAGACUGGCUGCUACUACCUGGCGAGCACCUACCAGAACGUGCGCAUUGCGAGAACUGGGAAACGAGCGAGCCCCGCGUUUGUCAAGAUGGAUGAAGUCCCCGACGCAAUUUCCAGUUUCCCCACAAUGCCCCCCACGCACUUCGCCAAUGGGCAGUGCAUGAAGGGCAAGCGGGUCGACGGCCAGAGGUCCUACGCCACUGGCGCGGAGCCAUGGAAGAGAUACUUCACCAGGGCCAUGGUCACAAUGCAGUUCUACUGCCAGCGAGCCGAGUCUGGUGGCAUCUUCAAGAUGAUCGCAGCAUGGCCCACAGACUACGCGGCCACAUCCCCAAGCAUGGCUCCGACGGCCCUGCGCGCGGCGCCCGACCGCUUCGAGAUCCAGCAGGCCACGGGGCACCUCGUGCAGGGCACGGUGCCCGACAGGUUCUGGGGCACGCAGGUGACGCGAAUGGUAGGUGCGACGGGUGCCGCGCAGAUCCCCCGCGGCCUGCUCGCCUCCAGCGCCCAGCGUUGCCACUGGGAGUGGUCCGCGGUCGAGCUACGCAAGGGGUGCGAGGGGCUCGGCUUCUUCACGAGCAGCGCAAGAUGGCGCAUGAACGACAUGGCGGGCGAUGUCCAGGCACAGGUCGACCAUGUGCCUCACAGGAAUUCAGUGAAGCAGACAAAUGCGAAACUGGAGCGCCGGGCCGAUGGCAUUCAUCAGGAGGGUGAUUGGUAUUGCCCCGCAUGCGGCGACCACCAGUUCGCGAAGAACACCGCUUGCCGCAGCUGCGGGACGGAGAAGCCCUUCUUCACCCCGGCCCCGAAAGGUGGUGGCAAGGCCCCGGCCAGCUUCGGCGGUGGCGGCAAGGGCGCGCACGGCGGCGGCGGCGGCAGCCCCUACGGCGGCGGCGGCGGAGGCCCCUACGGCGGCGGCGGUGGCGGCCCCUACGGCGGCGGCGGCGGCCACUACGGCGGCGGCGGAAGCCCGUACGGCGGGGGGGGCGGUGGCCCCUACGGCGGCGGGGGCGGCGCGUGGGGCUGUGGAGGAGGUGGCGCCUACGGCCCGGCCGGGGCCGGCCGCCCCCUGGGCGGCUGCGGCCCCUACGGCGGCCGGGGCGCCGCCCCGCCCGCGGGGGGCAUGGGCCUGAGCGCGAGGGACGGGUUCAAACCGGGGGACUGGACAUGCGCCGCGUGCGGCGACCACCAGUUCGCCAAGAACGAGAGCUGCCGAAAGUGCGGCGCGGAGAAGCCCAGGGUCAGCAACAACGGUCAGAUCAUGAAGACGGGGGACUGGAUAUGCCCGAACCCAGACUGCGCGGACGUGCAGUUCGCCAGGAACGACGUUUGCCGGAAGUGCGGCACUGGCAAGCCAGAGGACUGA